GAGGCGAGGGGACGGCCUAGAGCUGGCCUCCUCUGGGGGUCGGGUGUGGAGUCAAGUAGAGGCGUCUUUCCGCAGUUGGGGGAACCCUCAGCCCCACUAUAGGCCUGCAGUCUGUCGAGGGCUAGUGUGGGUUUUCUGCGUGGAUGGGAGGGAAGGGAGAACUCCCUCUGGCGUUUUCCCCGUGAAGUUUAUGCCUUUGAGGGAAACAGACUUGAAUCAACUCUCCUUUUCUGCUUUUGCUACUUGAACUAAAAAUAUGCAGACAGGCGUAAAUUUAUCUACGCUCGAGUUGCUUAUUCCUAGGCCUGGAGGGUCCUUGGUUCUAGUCAUACAACUUUUAGGGUUUGGGGUAGUGUGACAGGUGUGAUUAUGUUUUUUGAGUAAACAUUUCGGUUAUAUUUAAUUAGAAAACUGGCAUAACGAAAUUAAAAGAAUUCCUGCCUAUCCAGAGUUGUUACUCUUCCCCGCCCCACCCACCACGGCAGAUUUUGAAUAUUUUGAUAGACAAAAACAAAUGGAGAGGCUUGCUUAUUUGAGAUGUUAGCUAGUUAAUUUACCAUGAAAAAACUAGUAGUCACCAUGUGGACUACUAAAUAAGACCAACACAGUCUUACUUAGGGCGGUAAAUGGAAGACUGCAAAAAAAAAGCAAAAAUGAACUGCAACUAACUGAGAGGAGUGGCUGCUGGCUUGCGUGUGGAUGUUGUGCAUAACAAUGAAAAUUAUUUGAUAAAAAUUGAGCAAGAGAGAUGUGGGUUAAUUUGAUUUCCAUUUUGUGAUUAUUUUUUGUUUUUUAGACGCAAACCAAGAUUUCAUUUUCAAAAUGGAAAGUUCACUUGACUCAACUGUGAUUUCACCCAGCACUCCACAGGCCUGUAAAAGUCUACCAUCUCCCUGUACAAGUAGUUCAAGAAAACAACCUAUGAGUACAACACUUAGAGAACGACUAAGGAAAACUAGAUCUUCAUUUAAUUCCUGUUGCAGUGUGGUAAAACGUCUUAAAGUAGAAAAUGAAGAAAAUAAGACCUUUUCAGAAAAACCAUCUUCAAAAGAAGAAAACUGUUUGGAAUUUCGAGAAAGUAUUAAACACAGAGACGAUGAAUAUGAAGAAAAUACAUAUUUAAAAAAUAUCUUCAAGAAUAUCAAUGUAUGUGAAUCUAAGUCACUUGAUAGUGGGUCAUGUACUGAUCUCCAGGAUGACUUUGUGAAUGAAAAUCUUCCAAAAAAAGAAUUAAAUGAAGAAAAGGCAAAAUUGGUGAAGCAGAUUCAGGAGAAAGAAGACCUUCUUCGGAGGCUAAAACUAGUCAAAAUGUAUAGAUCAAAGAAUGACCUGUCUCAGUUACAAUUGUUAAUAAAGAAGUGGAGAAACUGUAGCCAGCUGUUGCUUUAUGAGUUGCAGUCAGUUAUAUCUGAGGAGAACAAGAAACUCAGCCUCACUCAGUUGAUAGACCAGUAUGGAUUAGAUGAUAAACUGCUACACUUUAACAGAAGUGAAGAAGAAUUUAUAGGUGUUUAAUUCAUAAUUUUUUCAAGAAUGUCUUUGAGAAUGACAACUUUAAAGAUACUUAUAUAUUUUAAAUGGAAGGUAUAAACUAUUAGGGCUUAGAGAAAGGUAUCUUGAUGAACAUCAAUUUAGGGCCUCUUAUAAAAAUAUAAAAUUUCUAAAAUGAAAAUUGAGUAUUUUGGAUAAAUUUGCAAAAGAAAACUUUACAUUUAAAGUAAUGUAGAAAAAAAGUUUAAAUCAUGUUUAAAAAAAUAAUUUGGGCAAUUCUGGAAGUCAGUUUUAAUACAUUGUUUUGUUUAUUGUGGUAAAAAAAGUUUUAUUUUAAAUGUUAAAAAGUAGUCCAGUCUGGUGAAUGUCUAAAGCGAAACUGAUCUAAAAAUGCCUGCCUCGCUCCUAAGUUUAUGAACCUUGUUUCCAUCUAUUUACCACGUUUCCAUGGGGAUGGUCUAGUGGGUAAUUAAUUAAACUCCUAUGUUCAAAAUUA